AUGGCUGUGAAACGGGAUGCAAAACUCCGUGAUAUAGAUUGCCUGUGUCUCUUCAGCACUGCGGCCCAGCAGAGGAGUACGGGAGAUGAGUGUGGACCAGAGGAUCCCCGCGAUGAGCCGAGACAUCCCCUUUCUGAGCGAACUGUAGAGCUCAAAGCCAGCAAACUGGAAGAACAAGUCCGUGAUUUAACUGAGCGAUACCGGAAAGCCUUGGCGGAUUCGGAAAAUGUCCGGAGGAGAACCCAGAAGUUUGUGGAAGAUGCCAAGCUGUUUGGGAUCCAGAGUUUCUGCAAGGACCUGGUGGAGGUAGCUGAUAUCUUGGAGAAGACUACUGAGAGCGCUGCAAGAGAAGCAGAGCCUACUGACCCAAAACCAACCCUCAAGAAGAUCUAUGAAGGCCUCUCCCUCAUAGAGGCCAAGUUGCAAAGUGUAUUUGCCAAGCAUGGCCUUCAGAAGAUGAACCCCGUCGGUGGCAAAUAUGAUCCAUACGACCAUGAAAUAGUCUGCCAUGUGCCAGCAGAGGGAAUGCAGCCAGGCACAGUGGCACUAGUGACUCAGGAUGGCUAUAAACUCCACGGCCGCACUAUCAGACACGCACAUGUUGGUGUGGCAGUAGAGUCGCAGGAGUGAUGUGGUGGGUGCACCCAUUGCGAUCUGGGACCUUAAUGAGCUGAGGACUCGGUCACACAGUGGCGGUAGCAGCUGCAUGUCUUUUCUUUAUUUAUUAAGCUAGGUUUGUAUUGUACAUUGGCUUCUUCACAACAUGUGCAGUAAUCUUGGCUUUAAUUCCAAGAGGCUCAAUUAUUUAAUGUUACUUUUUCUGAGUGUGUGUAAUACUGGGAAUCCUGCUAUUUAAGCAUGUGGCACUGCUAGCCUCCUUCUCUGUUGGAUUCAGGUCUCUGUUAAAACUUGCACUGGGGGAAGAGGGAGUGGCGGAGAGAGACUCUGAGAGCCAGGAAUUUUCUGCCUUCUGAUCCCAGCUCUGACAUACUCUUUCUGUGGCUUUCGGCAAGUCACUUAGCCACUCUGCCUCAGUUUCCCUAUAUGUAAAAUAGGGAUAUAAUAAUACUUACUAACCACCUCACCAGGGCGUUGUGAGGAUUAAAUAAUAUUUGAGAUGCACCUUAGAGAUGAAGAGCUCUAGCUAAGUGCAAAGUAUUAUUAUGAGACUCUUGUGUGGUCUUUUAUUUUUUUUUCCUGUUUUCCUUAGGCAGAAGGAGCUGUGAAAGCAUCUGCCAUUUUCAGCCAGACUCUUCUCAUCUCUCUUCAGAAAGCAAUUCUGAAUUAACAAAGCCUUAAUCAUCUUGUAUUUGAGUAUGGAUGAGGUUUAAAAAAUAAUUAUCAGCUGAAACGUGAUCAGAUUAAUGUUUGCUCUCCAGCUAAGACUUCAGACCUGCAGAGCCGUCCUUAGGGGACAGCGAACCAGGGCAACCGCUCCCGGCCCCGCACUUUGGGGGACCACGUGGGCUGGCGUGAUUGGGCGGCGGGUGAACCGCUGGCUGGGGGAGGGAGAGCCCUCCACCCAAGGGAGAGCCACGCUUGGCUGUUUGGGAAGGCACAGCCUCCCCUACCCGCUCCCAGCGUGGUUGGUCCCAGAAGUGAUGUCACUUCCGCCCCAGUCCCCGCACCUCCCUAGGGAUGGCCCUGCAGACCUAUCUACUUCUCACUAAAGUUAAACAGUGGGAGUGACAUGAGGCAGGGGGAGCAGGAGCUAUUCUCAAGUCUCAGCCACCGAGCAAAGAUCUAGACCUGUUCUCCAAACAAGAAGUAUUUUUAAGAGAAGGAAAAUCUAUCUCUAGAUCAUUUGUGCCGCAGCUUCCAAGCAUCAGAAACGGUUCACUCUUUACUAGCCCCGAAAAGGGAAAUAUGAUCUCUUAUUUUGUCAAGCCACCAGCUAAUUGAUACACAAUUAACACCGAUGACUUUCCCAACCCUAAUUCAGAGCCUAUUUCUGCCUGGCUGUGGAUAGACAUCAAAUUUAGGCUUUAUUUCAUUUUUUAGAUGGAAGGAGAGAAGUCUUAGCAAAAGCUCCAAGUGUCCUUGAAUCAGCUGCAGCAGCAAUUAUGAGCAAGUGAAGAGAAGCAGGGAUCCAAAUGCCCGUCGAGAUUGGG